AUGAACACUGUAGUGAUCAUAUCAAUUGGAACACAGUUCAUGCACAUAGCUCUCUUCCAUCAAGCUGGUUAUCUGAAUCAGGCUCAAUGGGAUGGUUUGACAGGACGGAUAGUCCUUAACAAGACUGAUGGUCUGCGGAAAGAGUUCAACUUAGACCUCAUCAGCCUCAAGGAGGAUGGCACAGCGAAGCGAGCGGCUGAUGCUGCAUCACGUCCAACUAAAUUAUGGACAAAGAUUGGAGUGUGGAACUCUUACACCGGCCUCAACCUGACUGAGAUGAUAGACAGCAAAAACAUCACAGACUCUCUGGCUAACAGAACACUUAUCGUCACCACAAUCCUGGAAAACCCUUACGUUAUGUAUAAGAAGUCUGACAAGGUGCUCUAUGGGAACGAUCGCUUUGAGGGUUACUGUCUAGACCUGCUAAAGGAGCUCUCCAACAUCCUAGGAUUCACGUAUGAAGUCAAGCUGGUUUCCGAUGGGAAAUAUGGAGCUCAGAAUGACAAAGGCGAAUGGAACGGCAUGGUGCGGGAACUAAUCGAUCAUAUAGCUGACCUGGCUGUGGCUCCACUAACUAUCACUUAUGUCAGAGAGAAAGUUAUUGACUUCUCCAAACCCUUCAUGACCCUGGGCAUCAGCAUACUGUACCGCAAACCAAAUGGCACCAAUCCAGGUGUCUUCUCCUUCCUCAACCCUCUCACCCCGGAUAUUUGGAUGUAUGUGCUGCUGGCCUGUCUUGGAGUGAGCUGUGUGCUCUUUGUUAUAGCCAGGUUUACGCCGUAUGAAUGGUAUAACCCUCACCCCUGCAACUCCUCUUCUGAAGUGAUUGAGAACAACUUCACACUGUUGAAUAGUUUAUGGUUUGGUGUUGCGGCUCUAAUGCGUCAAGGAUCCGAGCUGAUGCCCAAGGCUUUGUCCACCAGAAUCUUGGGAGGGAUUUGGUGGUUCUUCACUUUAAUCAUCAUAUCUUCCUACACGGCCAACCUGGCUGCAUUCCUCACAGUGGAGAGAAUGGACUCCCCAAUCGAUUCAGCUGACGAUUUAGCCAAGCAGACAAGAAUCGAAUAUGGAGCAGUGAGAGAUGGCUCCACAAUGACUUUCUUUAAGAAAUCCAAAAUCUCAACAUAUGAGAAGAUGUGGGCAUUCAUGAGCAGCAGGAAGAACACAGCCCUGGUGAAGAACAACAAAGAAGGGAUCACAAGAGUCCUGACCACUGACUAUGCCCUCCUCAUGGAGUCCACCAGCAUAGAGUACAUCACCCAGAGAAACUGCAACCUCACCCAGGUUGGAGGCCUGAUUGACUCUAAGGGCUAUGGAGUUGGUACACCAAUAGGGUCACCCUACCGGGACAAGGUGACCAUCGCCAUCCUGCAGCUCCAAGAAGAGGGAAAGCUGCACAUGAUGAAGGAAAAGUGGUGGCGAGGUAACGGAUGCCCUGAGGAGGACAACAAAGAGGCCAGUGCCCUGGGUGUGGAGAACAUUGGAGGCAUCUUCAUCGUGCUGGCUGCUGGUCUCGUGCUGUCUGUGUUUGUGGCCAUCGGAGAGUUCAUCUACAAGUCGCGCAAAAACAGCGAUAUUGAAGAGUGUGUCUCUUUCAGUGCUGUGAUGGAAGACCUGGGCAUAUCCCUCAGGUGCCACAAGGCGUUGAGGAAGAGAGGCAGACACAGAGGAAGAGCCAGCCUGUCUGGAGUCUUAUGUAACCCCAAACGCAUCCAGAGGAAAGAGACAAUGGCCUAGAUCCACCUCCAACAGCCUCGCCAACAA